CAUGUCGCAGUGUGUUGCUCUUUAUAGUUUUUCACAUGCAAAGCCAAGUCCACUCAAUGCUCAGCCUUCCCAAAUGCCUAAGGCUGCUAGCGCAAGGCUACCAAACUGCCCCACAACGCUGACGACGUCAGGGAUACAAUCUGUCAUCCCGCCUACCACAAGACGGAGCUCAAGAAAGCUUCAAAGCCGCAACAAUGACGGAAAAAGCGAAGACGGAACAUAUCGUCUUCUUCCACCCCGACCUGGGCAUUGGCGGCGCCGAACGCCUCAUCGUCGAUGCGGCCGUCGGCCUCCAGAAACGCGGGCAUAAGGUGACCAUUUUUACGAGCCACUGCGAUCCCCAGCACUGCUUCGACGAAGCGCGCGAUGGCACUCUCGACGUCCGCGUCAGGGGAAAUACCAUAAUACCCUCCACCAUCCUCUCGCGCUUCGCCAUCCUCUGCGCCAUCCUGCGCCAAAUCCACCUCAUCCUCCAAAUCAGCCUCACCUCCGAACUCUCCGCCCUCAAGCCCACAGUCUUCUUCGCCGACCAGCUCUCCGCUGGACUUCCCCUCCUCCAGGCCCUCUACCCGAAUGUCGGAACCUUAUUCUACUGCCACUUCCCCGACCUGCUCCUCGCAAAGGGGAGGCAGAAGUGGUAUAAAGCGCUCUACCGCCUCCCCUUCGACGCUUGGGAGGAAUGGAGUAUGUCCUUCGCCGCCUCUAUCGCCGUAAACUCCGCGUUCACUAAAUCGAUCGUCACUGCGCAAUGGCCCGCCCUCGCCGCCGCCCGCACGCUAUCUAUCAUCUACCCCUGCGUCGACGUCUCGGACAAGCCUGUGGAGAAUACAGACGACAACACCCUCACCUGGCAAGACACAAACAUCAUCCUCUCCAUCAACCGCUUCGAAGCAAAGAAGAACAUCGAUCUCGCCAUCCGCGCCUUCGCCGGGCUCCCCAAACACGCUCGCUCGUCCGUCCGCCUCGUCCUGGCGGGCGGCUACGAUCCGCGUGUCACUGAGAAUGUCGUUUACCAUCAGGACCUGCUCCUGCUGGCUGAGGGCCUCGGUCUCAAGACCGCUACGACGAAGAACCUCGUCACGGCGCUGCGGGUACCGGAUGAUGUCGAGGUGCUGUUUCUGCUUUCGGUGCCGGGGGGGCUGAAGGAUGCGCUGCUCCGUAGUGCAAGGCUAUUGGUGUAUACGCCUGCCAAUGAGCAUUUCGGGAUUGUACCCCUGGAGGCGAUGUUAGUAGGGACUCCUGUGCUGGCGGCGAAUACGGGGGGGCCGCUGGAGACGGUGGUGGAUGGAGUGACGGGGUGGUUGAGGGACCCGGAGGUGGUAGAGGACUGGACGAAGGUGAUGGAUUCGGUGUUGCAUAAGAUGACUUCUAAGGAGCUGGAGAAGAUGGGCCAGAAGGGGAGGGAGAGGGUUAGAGCCGAGUUUUCGGAGGAGAGUAUGGCGGAGAGGUUAGAGGUGUUGAUGGGCAAGAUGGGGCCGCCGCCGAGGAGCGUGAGGGGUGCGGCUGUGGCUGUUGUUAUUGUGUAUUUUUCUGUGGUUCUCGGGCCUGUUGUUUCGGUGUUGAGUUUGUAUAGUAGGAGGUAAAUGUAGUACCAUCUUUAUUCACACUAUCUUUGCGCGAGG